AUGACUGUGGAGGCUGGCUUUUACUCCAAGAAGGACAUGAAGGAAGUUUUGGGAUGGACUGCACGAGACAAGUACGAAGCUUCGGUCAAGCUCUACUGGGUGGACACUAAGAUUUCCGGCAAGUACGAGGAGGAAGCAGCGGAAUCGUACAAAGAGUCGGUGACCGGUGAAGUGGAGGCCAAUGAGGUCUCUGUCGGUGGCCUCAUGACCGCGGACGAUCCGUUGCAAAUGUCCGGAGAGACCGAAGACGUGGACGAAGAGGAGAGUGACGACGAGGGCGACCGCGAAAGCAACAGCAGGUCCCGCAAGGACAAGCCCGACAAAGCAGCCGAGGAAGCUGCUAUGGAGGACAUCGAGAACGUCAAAGCCGUCAUGACGAACAUCCUGAAGACGUGCACCCGCCUCGAUUCCACGGCAGAGAAGCUUCGGGAGAUUGGCACGGAUGACGCGACGAAGUCAGCCGAUAAGCUGGGUACCCACAAGACCACCUUGAUGAAAUUUCACGAUGAGUUGGCCGACUUGAAAUCGCAUUUCGAUGGAGGUGGAGAUUUCGAUGCAAAGACCCUGGGCUGA